ACCCCCGCGCCUGGCGGCCUCGGACUGCCCGCGCUCGCUUCCGUCUCGGGGUCGCGGAGCGCUCGAGGCGGAGACGGGUACCCCUGCUUCGCCCUGCGAUGAGCACCCCCGAGGUGCCGCGCGACCUGCAGCUUCCCCCGAGUCAGAGGGCCCAGCUCGCGUUCAGAGAGCAAAGAAAGCAAAAACUCAAGGAACACAUGUUGAAAAGGAAAACUUUGUUUGCGUACAAACAGGAAAAUCAGAUAUUAUCCAGGAGUGGGAACCAGAGAGUGAUGGCGUCUGAGGGGCAGGUCCAAGAAGAGACAAAGGUUCUGAAACUUAAGACAAAUAUGGCUGAUAAAGAAAAUGUCCAUAUACCUACAAAGAGCAAAAAUAUUAUGACAGUGAAGAAAGACUGUAUUCCGUUAAAAUCUUCUAAUGAAUUGACCAAUUCAACUAUAACGACUGAUACACAAAAUUUGGAGAAUAAUAAUGAGAAUCUGCAGCCCUUACCGAGUAAGGAUGAGCCCCAGGGCAAACGGAUGACCUUCAGCCGAGCGUUCCACAUCAAACACAAUGAUAAAAAGAAAGAGGGGACUUCGGAGAGGCCGAAGCAGGAUGCCAACGGGCCCAAGAAGCCUGUGCUGGGAUGCUACCGUGGCCAGGUGGUGCAGUCUAAGGUUGAUUCCUUCAGAAAACCCGUCCGAGCCAGAGACGAGAGUUCUGCAACGGCAGGGAAACCUUCCACCGCGGUCCCCAAAGCCGCGAAGCCCCAGCCUACGAACACCGGCGGUGUCCCAGCGAAAAGCCACAGGGCCUCCACGGUGGCCGCUGCCACUAAAGCCGCGAGCGCCGCGCCUCAGAGCAAACAGCUCCUGCGCCCCCCUAUUAGAAGUCACAGCAGUUAUGCGCAGGACGCCCCGAAACGCGGCAUCGGUGCAGCCUCCGCCCACGUCACAGUUCGGAAAGCGCCUCGUGCCAAAGAGUUGGUGCGCUCCACUCCGGUUUCACCCGGUGUCAAAAGUGGCUCUUCUCGGGAAGCGGGCGGAAAUAAGACGCUGCCCAGAAGCGUCACGGCCGCAGCGGUAGCCAGGCCUGCGCCGUCAUGGAAUGCCAACACCACGCGGGCGGGAGAGCCGGACACCGCCGACCAGCGCAGACACACCAUAGCCAAGGCCACCGUCGACAGUAGGCCGGCUCUGCCCAGAGAAACCGCGGGGGAGAGGAGGGCGCGCCUGAGCGAGUGGAGAGCCAGCAAGGGGAGGACGCUGAAGAGGCCCCCCAGCUCGGCGGCCGGCCAGCCCGCGUCCGAGGAGCCGAGUGAGAAGCCGGUGGGGUCCUUCUGGACCACCAUGGCGGAAGAAGACGAACAGAGGCUGUUCACUGAGAAAGUAAACAAGACGAUUUCCGAGUGUCUGAACCUGAUUAGUGAGGGGUGCCCCAAAGAAGAAAUAUUGGGCACACUGAAUGACCUGGUUAAAAAUAUUCCAGACGCCAGAAAACUGGUUAAGUACUGGAUAUGCCUUGCACGCAUCGAACCACUCACGGGCCCUAUUGAAAACAUUAUCUCCAUCUACGAAAAGGCCAUCCUGGCAGGAGCUCAGCCCAUUGAAGAAAUGCGACAUGCAGUUGUGGGCAUUCUGACAGCGAAGGGUCAAGAAAAAGUUAAACUGGGAGAAAAUCUUGAGGAGGCCUGUACAACCAAGGAACCGACCCAGGAUGUCAGCCCUGGAGAUGCCGGUGUUCAUGCAGAGUCAGGAAAAUCCGAGACGGAAGCGAAACAUCCCAGAAGCGUGGUGUUUCAAGACUGUGAACAAGAGCGAGCUGACAAAACCAAAGGUCCAACCAGUGACGCCAAAACCCCCAACACAGAAACUCGGAAUAGUUGCUUAAUUAAAUACAACGUGUCUACUACACCAUACUUGCAAAGUGUAAAAAAGAAAAUGCAGUUUGAUGAAAUGAAUUCUACCCUUAAAGAGCUCAAGUUUAUAACUCCAGUGAGACGUUCUCAGCGGCUCCAGGACAAGACUUCCAAACUGCCCGACAUGCUGAAAGACCAUUACCCCUGCGUGUCUUCGCUGGAGCAGCUCACAGAGCUGGGGGAUGAGACCGACGCCUUCAUUUGCCGCCCCAACACGGCCCUGUAUCGGAUGUGCGUGGAGACAGAGACCGAGUCAGAGCAGUGAAGCUGGGAUGAGAAACGGGGUUUCAUGACCCUGGGGUGCUUGUUUGCUUGCUGUGGCCUCGUGCAGCUCUUAGGUCAGGAGCUGGCCAAAUGCCUAAGUGUUUGGUGCCGUGAAACCUUCCCCGGCACUCUCGGCACAGCAGGCGGGGCGGGUGCCUUCUGGGCCGGAGAGCCCGUCUACUCUGUGCUCUCAGACUCGGGCGUUCCCCGAGGUGGGUGCAUUUGACUGCUGGUUGACCACAUUCCUCUAACGAUAAUUAACAAGUGUCCUAGUGUUGGUGGUAUUUCUAAAAUAACUUAAUAGUUAAACUUGUUUUGUAACAUAAAAACUUAGGUGUUAAAUCACGUCCCUGAAGCAUGAUAGUUAGGCACUGUAAACAGCCUCGUCUCCCCACACACGUAUCACUAAUAAAAGUGUUUAUGUCUUCGA